AAACACGGAAGUUGCGUUGCUUCAGUGCUCUGUUCUCAUGUGCUAAAGGAAAAUCUGAUCAGCUAGCUAUUAUAGGAAGUAUCCAGGAGCAUUUUAACACCCUUACCAGUCACCAAUUGUGUCCUAACUGUGUAUCAGAGUGUCCACGCUAAGAGAUAAAAAGAUUAUAGCAACUGUUUGAACUGAAAAUGCGAAGGGAGCUAGUGUUAGCUACUGUAGCCACCGUUAGCUUAGCAGUUUUCUCAAAGUAAUGGCAGACAGAAAAGAGAAAACAUUCAGGUUUGUGAUCGUGGGAGGAGGCAUCGCGGGUGUGACAUGUGCUGAGCAGCUGUCAUCCCAGAUCCCGUCAGCUGAUGUGGCUCUGAUUACAGCAGGUCCCCAUAUCAAGGCGGUGACCAACUAUAAACAGGUGUCCAGGACCCUGGAAGAGUUUGGUGUGGAGGAGCAACCAUCCAGUGUUUUGGAAGAGAAGUUUCCCAACCUGACUGUCAUCCACUCUGCUGUCAAAUCACUUCACACACAGUCACAUUCUGUGGAAACAGCAGAUGGCCGGGUGUUUGGUUAUGAGAAGCUGUGUAUCUGCAGUGGAGGCAGACCCAAGCUCCUAACCCAGGACAACCCUUAUGUCAUUGGGAUACGGGACACAGACAGCGCCCAGGAGUUCCAGAAGCGGUUAUCCAAAGCAAAGAGAAUCGUUGUUGUUGGCAACGGAGGGAUUGCCCUGGAAUUAGUGUAUGAAGUUGAGGGCUGCGAGGUGAUCUGGGCUGUGAAGGACAAGGCCAUAGGAAACACCUUCUUUGAUGCUGGGGCGGCACAGUUCCUCAUCCCGUCACUGGAGGCAGACAAACCAGAAAGAGCUGCUCCCUGUAAGAGACCUCGCUACACCACAGAGGAACCAGCACCCGGAGCAGCUCAGACCUUCACAGCAGAUAAAAAUGCUCGAAGGCAGGGUUCUUGUUCUACAGAGGCUGGCAGUGCCCUCGGCCCAGACUGGCAUGAAGGACUAGCUCUCAGAGGAGCAGAGCAGGUGUCCCGGAGAGUUUCCUUAGAAUACCAGUGUGAGGUGGAAAAGAUCUUCACCUCUGCAGAGCUGCUCAAUUCCCCACAGCAAACACUCAGACCUGAGAAUGUAGGAUCCUGGCCGGUUUACAUCCAGCUGACCAAUGGCAAAACAUUUGGCUGCGAUUUUGUUGUCAGUGCCACCGGUGUCGUGCCAAACACGGAGCCAUUUCUCCAUGGCAACAAUUUUGCGCUGGCAGAGGAUGGGGGCCUGCAGGUAGAUGACCACAUGAUGACAUCAGAGUCCGAUGUGUACGCUGCAGGAGACGUUUGCACUGCAUGCUGGAAACACAGCCCAUUGUGGCAGCAGAUGCGUUUGUGGACACAGGCCCGUCAGAUGGGCUGGUACGCCGGCCGCUGCAUGGCGGCACACGUCCUGUCAGAACCAAUAGAGCUGGACUUCUGUUUUGAACUUUUCUCACACAUCACGAAAUUCUUCAACUACAAGGUGGUCCUGCUGGGGAAGUUUAAUGGUCAGGGGAUGGGGCCUGAUCAUGAGCUGCUGGUUCGCUGCACCAAAGGCCAGGAGUAUAUCAAGGUCGUUCUCAGUGGAGGUAGGAUGGUAGGAGCGGUGCUGAUGGGGGAAACAGACCUGGAGGAGACCUUUGAGAACCUAAUCCUCAACCAGAUGGAUCUGACCCGCUAUGGAGAGGAACUGCUCAACCCCGACAUUGAUAUAGAGGACUACUUUGACUGAGCGUGAGGGGGGGUGAUGAAGGAACAUGUUGAGCCUGCAGAGUGUCUAAAGGCACGAGAAGGAACUGUGCUUUGUAUCAUGACUGUGUUAGAUUUGUUUUUUGGCAAUGAGAAGGAGCCGUCUGAUGAAGUAGAAGCGGUUAUCUUGGUUCUUAUAUGGUUUUCAACCAGCUCUGUGUCAUCACAGUGUGGCCGAUGUGUUCAGUUGAACAGUGUUUGGCUCCCUCUGUGCUGUGUUUUGUGUCAUCAGGCAGACUUCAGUGAUGUGAUGUGCAUCACUUGACAGACUUUUGCUGGUAGAUGGGCUUAGGACACUCGUGGCAUCAGGGGAAACUAAACACUGUUCAUCUGCACACACUACAGUGACACAGAGCUGGUUGAAAAACGACAGUUUUCCUUUAAGACACUUGUAAACUUAAGAAUAUAUUUUUGCUUUAAAAUAAAUGAUUUUCAAAACCAAGU